AUGGCUAAUGACCCAGCAUUUUAUGCAAGCGAAGAGCCAGUUUUUGUCGUCAAUGUACAACGGAAGUUCAUCGAUAGAAAUGGUAGAGUUUACACUGACUUUGAAGAUUACAAAGCAAACAACACAUUACCAAAAGCUGCUACAUUGGCGCCGAAAGAUGGAACUUAUACACCUACAGAGACAAGCAACGGUCGUGUCCUUCUAGAGCUAGGUGAAACACCAGCUACCUGUCUAGUUUCACGUAUCAAAGUUGUCACUGAUACAGUUGUCAUGGUUGGUGGAAUUGCUUUAGGUGUGACAGGUCUAGUCACAUAUUUCGCUCCUGCUCUAUUCUCUGCAACGGUAGCGAGUAUCGUUCAAACUGGUUCUUUCUUUGUUAUGACUUAUGGUGUAGCCGGAUCUGCUUAUGGUAUUUAUGAUAAGGCCACGCAUGAUGAGAACAUUAGUACUGAAGUUUUUAUUCUGAUUUCUGCAGCACUAUCGACUUACUCUGGUAUGCUUCGAGCACAGGCCAUGAAAUACGCACGAGAAGGAAAAACGUUUGCAGAAACUAUGGAGAAAAUUGGUAAACUCCGUAGUGCCAUGUUCACCAUUGCCAAUACGCUGACCAUAUUCUCGAGUUCGGCAGCACUUCUUUCUAGUAUUUUUAAUCUCUUGACAAAAAGAGAACGUACAUGGUUAGAUUACUAUCAACUUUGCAUGAGUACAUUUAUGCUUUGUAAUGUUUUAACAAAACCAAGAACUCUUAAAAGCGUUUUCGAAUCAGAACAAAUGCAGUGUUUAAAACAAGUUAAUUCAAAUCUUAAAUCCGAAGAAGCUAAGGAAGAAAUGACGAAGAUGGAAAAAGAGCAUUCGACCUCUGAUCAAAAAGCAUAUAUGAUUCGAAACUUGACCAAGAUCGAAAAUCCCACUGAGUUCUUCGAAUUGAUCCGAAAAACUGGUAGUGUUGUUACUUGUACUGCUGAUGGGAUGAUCGUCGAUGGAAAUAUUGAUAUUACCCCAGAAGCGUACAAUCAAAUCGGCAAAGCUGCGUUCGUCGAACAACUCGACACAAUUGGUGCGAGUCGGGAGGAUACUUUUCGUGAGAGCGUGGAAGAAGAGUUUGAAAAACAUAUCCUAGAAGAAAAUAAGGAAAAGUUUCGAACCGAAUUAGAAAAGGUUAAAAAUUUACCUGCCGAACAACAGCAAGCAGCAACGAAAAAAUUAGUUCAAGAAUUGGGAAGUCAAGGUGGCCCAUCGGAAGAAGAGUUGAAUUCUUCGUGGAAAAAAUUCUCAAACAGUUUACGAAAAUACGAUGNUCCUCUCAAAACUCCUGACGACACAUCGUGUGUGAAAUCGUUUUUGGUGAAUGACGAAUAA